GGGAGGUGUGGGGGUCUUUGGGCCGUCUUCCCCUCUAGUUAAACACGUGAUUCACUUAGACCUUUCGGGGGUUGGGGGACUGUCUUACGGGAACUAUUGCAAGGAGUUUUUUUGCAGAAACUUGAAAAGAUUUUGUGUCAGGGGCCCGUGGAGGGGAGGAGGGACGCGUGAGGAGAGAGGAAGGGGAAGGGUCAGUAGUGUUGCGAAGUGCAAGGUCUAGCAGAUGUCACCACCGUAAUUGAGGGGAGGGGCCCCGGCUUGCAAUUUGGGCUGGGACUGGUGCUGAAGGGGAGAUUAGAUGUGGGUUAUGUGUGUAAGAGGUGGAGGGGCCUGCCAUUCUCGGUGCAAGUCACUGUUUCACAUGCAACUCCCCCACGCCUCUUCUUUCCACUCCAAAAGUGCAGCGUGCUGGAGGGUGGGUUUUUUUUUUUUCAUUUGGCUUGUAACUUCCUUUAAGUGAGAGCGAUGGGAGGGGUGGAGGUUGAACUUGGCAGGCGACGCCUCUUCUCUUGCUGCUGCUGCUGCCGCCGCCGCCGCUGCGGCUCCAACUCGACUCGGGUGGGGGACCUGAGAAAGGGAGGCUGGAAUUAACUGAUGGACUCAAAAGAAUCGUUAAGUACCUCUCUUGGAGAAGAAACCACCAAAAGUAUACAUGGUCGAAGCAGAGGAAAUGUAAUGGACUAUUAUAAAACCAUAAGGGGUGGAGCUACUGUGAAGAUUCCUGCGUCUUCAUCCUCAGUGGCUGCUGCUUCUCAGUCAGACUCUAAGCAGCAGCCUCUUUUGGGUGACUAUUCUAAAGUAUCAGCAAGCAGUGCACAGCAGCCAGACCUGUCCAAGGCGGUCUCACUAUCAAUGGGACUCUACAUGGGUGAUACAGAUUCAAAAGUGAUGGGAAAUGAUCUAGUAUUUCCUCAGCAGGGCCAAAUUGGUGUUUCUUCUGGUGAAACAGAUUUUAGGCUUCUUGAAGAAAGCAUCGCCAGCCUCAGUAAGUCAUCCAGGGUGUCCAAAAGCCCCAAGAGUUCAGCAUCUUCUGCUACAGACAAUGAAUUUCCAACAACAUCUAAUUUCGAUAAAACUUUAGAAAAGCCAACUUUAAAAAAGGGCCCGACUGGCACUAAUGACGGCAGUACAAAACUGUAUACUGAAGACCAAAGCACCUUUGAUAUUUUACAGGAUUUGGAAUUGCCCUCUGGGUCCCCAAGUAAGGAGGCAAAUGAGAGCCCUUGGAGAUUAGACCCCUUGCUAGAUGAAAACUGUUUGCUUUCUCCUUUGGCAACAGAUGAGUCAUUUCUUUUAGAAGGAAAUGCAGAUGAAGACUGCAAGCCUCUUAUUUUGCCGGACACUAAGCCUAAAAUUACUGAGCAGGGGGGUCUGAUUUUGCCCAGUUCUAAUAUGCCAUUGCCUCAAGUGAAAACAGAAAAGGAAGAUUUUAUUGAACUUUGUACUCCUGGGGUAAUUAAACAGGAGAAACUGGGCCCAGUUUACUGUCAAGGAAGUUUUUCUGGGGCAAAUAUAAUUGGUAACAAGAUGUCUGCCAUUUCUGUUCAUGGUGUGAGUACCUCUGGGGGACAGAUGUACCACUACGACUUGAAUACUUCGUCUGUUUCUCAGCAGCAGGAUCACAAGCCUGUAUUUAAUGUCAUUCCACCCAUUCCUGUUGGUUCAGAAAAUUGGAAUAGGUGCCAGGGAUCUGGAGAUGACAACUUGACUUCCUUGGGAACUCUAAAUUUCACUAAUAGAUCCGUUUUUUCUAAUGGAUAUUCAAGCCCUGGAAUGAGACCAGAUGUGAGCUCUUCUCCAUCCAGUUCCUCCACAACAGCGGGACCACCCCCCAAACUCUGCCUUGUUUGCUCUGAUGAGGCUUCAGGAUGUCAUUACGGUGUCCUAACGUGUGGAAGCUGUAAAGUGUUCUUCAAAAGAGCAGUGGAAGGUAGGCAGCACAAUUAUCUUUGUGCUGGAAGAAAUGAUUGUAUCAUUGAUAAAAUUCGAAGAAAAAACUGCCCAGCAUGUCGUUACCGAAAAUGUCUCCAAGCUGGAAUGAACCUAGAAGCUCGAAAGACAAAGAAGAAAAUUAAAGGAAUUCAGCAACCCAAUCCAGCAACAAGAGAGAAUUCUGAAAGUCCUGUCAACAAAACAGUGGUUCCUGCGUCAUUGCCACAGCUCACCCCAACGCUAGUGUCACUCCUGGAGGUCAUUGAGCCAGAGGUGUUAUAUUCAGGAUAUGACAGUUCGUUGCCUGAUAGCACUUGGAGGAUCAUGUCAACACUUAACAUGUUAGGAGGACGGCAAGUGAUUGCAGCAGUGAAAUGGGCAAAGGCAAUACCAGGUUUCAGAAACUUACACCUGGAUGACCAAAUGACCCUGCUGCAAUACUCCUGGAUGUUCCUGAUGUCUUUUGCACUAGGGUGGAGAUCAUACAAACAAUCAAGCGGCAACCUGCUGUGUUUCGCUCCUGACCUGAUUAUGAAUGAGCAGAGGAUGAAUUUACCCUGCAUGUAUGACCAAUGUAAACAUAUGUUACUUGUGUCCAGUGAAUUACAAAGGCUUCAGGUGUCUUAUGAAGAAUAUCUCUGCAUGAAAACCUUAUUACUUCUCUCUACAGUUCCCAAGGAAGGUUUGAAGAGCCAGUCACUCUUUGAUGAGAUUAGAAUGACUUACAUCAAAGAGCUGGGGAAAGCCAUAGUCAAGAGGGAAGGAAACUCAAGUCAGAACUGGCAGCGAUUUUAUCAGCUCACUAAACUUCUGGACUCCAUGCAUGAGAUAGUUGAAAGCCUUCUGAACUAUUGCUUCCAGACAUUUUUGGAUAAGACCAUGAGCAUCGAGUUCCCAGAGAUGUUGGCUGAAAUUAUCAGCAAUCAGAUACCAAAAUACUCAAAUGGAAAUAUCAAAAAAUUGCUCUUUCAUCAGAAAUGACUGCCUUAAUACAAGAGGUUGCCUUAAAGAAAAGUCAGAUUUAUCGCUUUCAUCAUACAGACUUACAGACUGGUUCACUUCUGUCCUCGUGGCGGCGUUUCUUCUGCAAUUAUGCACUACAUGUGGUUUCUAGAGGGCCAAGGCUUGGACAUGAACACAGUUGCUUUGAAGCAACAGGAGCAGUAGGGAGAAAGGAAGUGACAUAAGUCAUUUUGUACAUCCUGGAAAUCAGACAUGUCAUCCUGGGAAAGAACUUCUCAGUGGAUAGAAAAUGGCACCCCAACUCCUGCUGCCAGGAAUCUGCAUCAUGAACAUUCUACUAGUGAUUUUCCACAGUUGGUUGGAUAAGUGUUUUCUAGGACUUUUUUUGGUCAUGUUUUUCUUUUUUUUUUUUUCUCUUCCCUUCUCCGCCUGUAUAGUUAAGAUAGCCUUUUGAUUUAUGCAUGGUAACCCGAAAAAGUUUACAAAUGUAUGCCAGAAAAGGGAAGUUGUGCCUUUUAUAGCUAUAACUGUCUGGUUUUAGCAGUUUCCUUUACCUUUAUAUCCAGUGAACUAGGCCUGCCCAUUUUUCUUACAUCAUUUUUGUAUUCGAGUUGCCUGUUGUACAGCUGUCUGUUUCAGGUGGGCAUCCGGUUCACAGCUUUCCUAAAUAAACGCUAACCAUUGUUCUUCUGUGUGAAAAUGGGUUGGUGCUUCUACCCCGAGAGUUUUUUGCUCUCAGGAGAUCACAAACAGAAUUUUCUCAGACCUCAAGGGUCUUUACCAAUUAUCACCAUAAUGUUUUAUAAGGGAUAUCUACACAUCUGCAUAGCAAAUAGACACAGUCCCACCCGGUAACUAACUGGUACAUGUCACCCAGUCUGGUGGUCUGCUCGAUAAGCUAUGGUAACUAGAGAAUAACUUCUAGAAAUGGUCUAAUCACACAGUUAGGGCAGAGUGAAAAACAAGGAGCAAGAUUCUGAAUGCUUUCAUGGGUUCUAAUUCCUGCCAGCUGUGACAUUCUUCAGGCCUCCCUCCUCAUCAAGGCUUUGUAGAAUAAGAGUCCACAGAAAGAUGGCAAGGAAGUAAGCAUUAAAUCUCAUUUGGGGACCCCUUUCUAAAAGAAUAUUGACCUUCACAGUUUUAGAACAACCCAGAGAAGUUUUUCAGUCAUACCUGGAGAUUUUGUGUCUGUUCUUAAAACCAGUACUGCCCCUUCCUAAAUUUUACUCAAAUAAGAAGCCAACCUUAUCUGGUUUUUAAAGGUUCAAUUUACUAAACCACAGAAAUCAAACCAAGAAAAUGAACUGGCCCAACACCCAUUUUCACAUUCCCAUCUCGCACCAAUCAGUUCCUGUCCCCUGGGGCACAGGAGAUGCUCAGCUAUGGAUUUCUGUGAUUUCCGGUCGUGUUGUCAGACUUUUGUGUUUGUGAGGCUUACACGUCCCUUCCUCUCCACUUUCUCAUGUGCCAUAAACUUGACAGGGGUCUUGUGAAUCUCUCCUCCUCACUAUGGGUGAUCAUUUUAGAAGAUUUAGAAGCUGUAGUAGCCCUUUCUGUGUGCACCUUAGCGACUUUCUGUAAGCUCAAAACUUAACCUAUUUACUGAGCCACAACAAGAAUUGAUUUUUAUUCAGUGGCCAAAUUAUUUGUGUAAUAGAAACUGAAAAAAAAAUCUAAUAUUAAAAAUAUGAAACUUCUAAUAUAUUUUUAUAUUUAGUUCUACUUUCAGAUAUACAUAUAUAUAAAUAUAUAUCAUAUUGGUAUUCACUAAUCCAGGAAAGGAAGGGCUACUGCAGCUUUACAUGCAAUUUAUUCAAGUGAUUGUAAAAUAGCUUGUAUAGUGUAUAAUAAGAAUGAAUUUUUAGAUGACAGAUUGUUUUAUCAUGACACGUUCUAUAUUUUUCAUAGGGUUCAGAGAAAUGCAGAAGGGUAAUCUAAAUGAUUUGUAGUUUGUAUGUGAGUGUUCAUAUAGUUGGCACAGGUCCCCAGAAAGUUGUCCAUAGAUGAGAAGAGAGGGACUGAGGAGGGAAUCCUACAUGUGGUCAUUUUGCCAAGGCCACAUCCCAUCAAAUUGUGAACAGCGUCAUCCCAUUACCUGAGAUUCCAAUCACCUUUCUUGUUCAGACAGUGAGUCUGUUGUCCCUACAGGCUGCUUUGACCUCCUGCUGGAAAAAAAAAAUGAAAAGGAAUGAAGAAAGAAAAAGACAGACAGACAAAGCAGGGGGGUAAAGAGGUGGCUCUUAGAUAUGUAUGGGCACUGGCCAAUAGCGGGGUUACUUUCACAUACAGCCUCUCAUCCAGCUUAGCAAAAACAGUGACUUAAGGAGCUUGGCAAUAAUAAUGCAUACAGGUACCAGCAAUAUGUAUAUAUACUGCAAAACAUCACAGGUCAUUCAUAAUACACUAAUUCUUUUCUAUCCUAUAUCAAAGCUUUACUUCCCAUUAAAGUGAGGGGGUAAGACUUUUCUUGGAUUGCUUUUUGAAUGCUACAAGCUUCAGUAUUUGAUAUGCCUUUGCUUUUAUUUUUUUUUAAAUGGAGUAAUUAAUCACCUGCUUUUUUUUUUUCAAAUGCAAAAUAAAAGGGAAUGCUUCUUUCCUAAUGGCCAGGUUCCAAGUGUUACUGUAAGAUGUUUUUCACCUAGCUGGAGGGGAAGUUUUACAGUGCCUCAGAAAUAAUGUUUUAAGAUUCACAAUAGUUAGGUUUCAAAAUCUGUUCCAGGAAAAGAAAUCUCUGCUCAAAGAAAGUUGGUCAACACCAGCUUGCUCCCAAGUUUAAGAAAUAUCCCAUACUGAUGGUCUGCUGAGGGAAGGCCCUACUGACAGUUGUGAGAUUGCCAUGAAGCCAUUCACUGGGGAAAGAAUGGCACCCACCCUUUUGGGAUGAGUAUACAUGCAGGUGGAAUACAAUUUUAACUAGGUCAGUAUGCUUGGGCUGCAAUUGUGGGAUCUCGGACAAAAGUUAGACCAGGUGCUACUUGCAGGCAGCCUUCUUUCUCCCACUUGUACUUAACCAUUCACACCUAUUUUAGUUGUUAUUCACUUUAGUGUGAGUUGCAAGGCAUGUGUAUCCCAUAUAGAACCACCAUGAAAGUACUUCCAGUUAUAGCUCAAAAAUGUGACCCUUCUUUGUUGACUUUAUGAUAUGAUAUGGGGUACCACCACAUGGGACAGACUGAGGUGAUUGGGCAAUAUGGACACAAAAUUGUAAGGCUUCCUGGGAUAUGCUGUUCUCCUUCCAUCUUAGCAGGAGAAGGGGAAAGGUAGUCAGCUAUGAACCAGUCUCCUCUCAUACAAAAGUAAAUUUUUUUGCCCGUGCAGCAUUUUAUCACCUCUCCUUGGGCGAAGCCCAAAAGAAACCCCUGUCCAAAGAGAGGAAAAGAGCAGGCAAUUGGUUUGUGGCAAUGGAAUUAUCAUGGAAUGAGAUUCAGAAAUGACUUCUACCCUUGCUUUAAAAGACCCCUUUCACUUCCACAGAGACAGUGCUCUGCUGUCCCAAAUCCACAGUCUUAACAUGCCUUCUGAAAGACUUGUCUUGAUACUCCAUAGAUGGUAAACACUAGCAUCAGUGGGUCCCUUCGCUUUGAUAAAGGGAUGUGAUCUUGAGUCACACAAAAAGGCCACCGAUCAUGUGUUUCAUCAUUCCAGCACAGGGACAGGGGAGGGGAGGGAGAGAAUACAAGAAGAAUGAGUUUAAACAGUAUUUUAAAUGGCACAACUGUCAUCCAAAACCAGUCAUGUAUUCCAGGUCUUGGUACAUCAGUGGCUAUCGAUGUGCUGAGACAAGAACCUCAUUUUUAGGAAAGGAAUAGUCUCUUUCAAAGAAGGAUUUUGCUUUCUGAUGAAAGGCUGUGUGUAUGAAAAUAGCCCCCUUAGAUAUUUUACCUUGCUUAACUACAUAUAGAUUUAAGUGUGUCGAUAUUCUAUUUUGUAUAUUAAACAAAAGCUUAUGUAAUGGGGACAGAUCUAUAUUAUACUGUGUAUGGCAUUAUUAAAAAGCUUUUUCAUUAUUUUUUAUCACAGUAAUUUUAAAAUGUGUAAAAUAAUUAAAACCAGUGACUCCUGUUUAAAAAAAUAUAUAAAAGUUGUAGUUUUUUAUCCAUGCUGAAUAAUUCUAUAGUAAAGAAAGAAUAAUUCUGUAGUAAAACGUGUCUUUUUCACCCACUCAGUGCAAUGGUGGAUUGUAAAAUCUCGUGUGGCAAUGUUUAACUUUGACUUUUUGUUUUAAUUCGCCGUCCCAGUAAUAUCACCGCACACGUUUGUACAGAAUUGGCAGUAAAUGGUAGUCAUUUACAGCUAUGCCAAAUCAUGGCCAGAAAUCAUAAUAAAAACUUGCUUUUUCCAUCAA